CUUUAAUCUAACUUCUUGUUCUUCAGUUGCCUGAUUGCCUGCUGAAAUCGUCAUUGGGUUCACCUGUGUCUUGUUAUGAAUCGGCCCUUCAUGUGUAUUUAUUUAUUCUGGUUCUGUUUUUCAUUCGUUUUUCCCGGUGUGGCUGUUCUUCCAUUUCUCUGUUAUCAGGACGUCGUUUAAUUCCUGGCUAAUUACGUUUUUUUAAAUUAAUUUUUUUUUUUUUUUUUUUUAUAAACUUAUUAAAGGCAUUCGUUUUUCAUGGAGUGACUGAGCUUUAGGAAAAACUUGCACUUUAUUAAUUUACCUGGUUUUAUUUGCUUAUGUUGUGUGAAAUGUUGGAUUGAAUUGUGGGGCCCAGCUGACCCCGUAGAGAAAAGCAGGUUGAGCCUCAACUAAUUAAUCCAGAGGAUUGUGGAGCAUCCAACUCCUAUCCAAGAUGACGGAAACUUACCCCAAAACUACUCAAGUGUCGUUUAGAUUAAAUCAAGAUCUGAGGACACAUAUGAAGGCAUCAAAUGUGAUCUCUAAACAAAAACCAGUGUCUAUCCUGAAAAGGACUGUCAUCCCUAAUGCACCAGCUGCAAAAUCUGCAGGAAUAUCCAGGGUCCUAAAAGAAAGUGGAACUGUAUCUAAAAAAACAUCUUCAUGUGGUGCUGCAGGAUCCAAAUUGUUGCAUAAAGUGUACUUCAGUAUCAGCACUAACUCUACAACUGUAAGUGGUUCUGGAUGCAGUGGAACGAAUUCCAGAGUCGAAGUAUUUCCUCGGACUAUGGUGACAUCUUUAGCCCCUGCUAAAAUGCCUAAACAACCAGUAAAACCCAUAAAUGCUCCUAAGAUUGGGCCUGUUAAGAAGCUGACUGGAGUAAACAUUGAAGCACAUGCUGACAAGAGGAAUUCACCACCUGCUACUAAAACAACCAUGCUUGCAAGCUCUAUGAACGAGAAGUUGGUGAAAGAAGCCUCCACAAGUAGAAGCCUGGUCAAAAUUGGCUUAAAUCAGCUGAUUAUUGUGUCUUGUGAAGAAAAGCAGCAAGUCUACUGUCAGCUGUGUUCAGUCAGGCUAAGAACUUCCAGUCAUUCCACCAGUUUAACCCAUUGCUGUAACUAUGUGAAAAUGAAGUAUCCAGGAUGGACUGCAGAUUUCUCAAACUUGGAGGAAAAAUUGAAAACUAUAGUGGUCCAUUUAGCUGAGAUUGAGAAAAGCCUAGGAUCACAGAAGCCACAGAGAAUGGAGGUGAAGAAGGACUUGUACCAAAAGCUGGCUGCUCUUUCAGAAAAAGAAGCUGUUGAGGAGCUGAAAGCAAUUGUGAAGCAAGACCCUCGAGUCUCAUCUUCCACUGCUGAAAUCGUAAAAACUUCUCUUCAGAUGGGUCCAAGUAUCUGUGAAGUUUCAAGCUCCGAUGAUGGAAAACAAGUGCAACAAAAAGAGAUUUUAAGAUUUCCUGGUAAUGAUCCAUCAGAGGAGAAGAGUGAAAGACUGCACCAGAUUAGACCUCUCCAUGUGAAAGAAACUGUCAAACAGGAUCCAUUUAUUCCUGAUUCUGAUGCUCAGCAUCAUAAAGUCACACUUGCCAGGCCAAGUCCCAGGAUGGUGCCGAAAGCAGACCCUCUGUUCCCUCUGGAAAGACUAUGUUUAAAGAGCACGUCACCCUCACCAGAUCCACCAAAGGCUGUUAGUUGUAGACCAACAGGUGAAAUCUGCAACCCCCAGAAACGAGCAGCUCCAGUACCAAUAAAACAAAAUGGACCGAGUCUCGACCCAGAAGAAGUUCCAAAACAUGACGCAGCACCUGGAGAGCACUGUAAACUACAGUCAAAACCCAUAACUUCCCUUGGGAGAAAAGCUCAAGGCUGCAGUAAUCUGUCCCUUUUCUUGCAAGUAAGUGAAGUGGACACUAAACAGGUUAUUGGUAUAGACUCUGUUUGGGAGUGCCAAGGGAUUUGUCUGGAAACCUUCUUUCUGUGUGAAAGCUGCGAGGAAACCCUCUCGCGCUGCAACAUCUGUCAGCAUAUGGCCAGCCUCGACCACCAACUUAAAUACAUGUGGAAAAAGCACCCGGAUUUUCUGCAGAUGUUCUGGUGGCAAGCAGAUCUGCCUCGAGUGUUAAAAAUGAACAUUUUGCAAGAAGUUGUCUGGAGGCUAGGAGAGCGCGACCGUGUCCUAAAGAUUGAUGCAAAGUGUAUAGUACUUAAACGAGAGUUGCAUCAGUUUGUUAAGGCGGCUCCAUUCAGUGAAGGUUUGAAGAUGUUGCAGAACAUCUUUAAUGAAGGGAAACCAACCGUUCAUCUACUGUUCAGAGCUACACACCAACUGAUGAAUGCUGAAGGAAAUGCAAAGAGCACUGUUUUGAAAGACAUGUCCAUUGUUGGAACGACAAAUGUGGGGACAGAAAUGGUCUUCGGUCCUGUGUAUAUGAAGUCCUCGUCUUCAAAGACUAAUCUGCUGGGCUGUUCCGUCCCUAAUCCAGGACUAAACCUCGCUAAAGGUACCAAGCCUGAUCCUUUUCUAAAGCCAGAGUUUACAUCAGCUGUCUCUUGGCCUCAAAGCUCCGGUCAGAAACCAGACCCAGAAUCCACACCUUGCACUGCUGUCAAAAACUUGGAAGUGUCCAUUGCAGGACCAACCAGGAAAAGACCAGCUGAUACAUCUGUUCAAACUCUGCACAAAACCAGUAGCCCCCUGAAAGACCUGCUGCCAGCUAAACGUACACUCAUCACACAGAAGAUCAAGAGCGAAUCCAGUUCUCCAACUUCAGUGUCUCCUCCAAUUGACCCUGCUGCAGGUCCUUCUCUGCAUGCUGUGAAAAAUGAAGACUCUGGACCCAAACGAGUUAAAUCCAGUGUGGACCAGGAUUUUUCUUCAAAACUUAUUUCUCAUUUGAAAUGCAGCACAUCCAAAAGAAACCACUUCUCCAAGUCUGUUAAGAAUGGUGCUAAAACCAAUAACCCCUGUGCAACCAGUUCUCUGGAAGUGCCUCACACCAGCUGGGGUUCAAAAAUCGUCAACAUUAAAUCUGAAAGUGUAUCACAUAACUGGAUUUCAAACUGUCAGCUGGUUAAAGCUACAGGAAGGAAGACUUCACCCUCAAACUCUUUAAAAGCAAGCAAGAUGGUAACAUCUGGUUUGGAGUGUAAGAAGGAACUUUUCACCCCAGGUGUCGACGCUUCUUCUUCAGCCAACAUCUCGUCUUCUGAGGACUUUCUAAAGAGGAGCAUUGCAGAUGCCAGAACUGAAGACAAGCUUAUAACUGCUGUAGCUACUUCUGCUGACCUCUGUGACCUACCCAAUCUGCAGUUCUUUAAUACUCAAAAAAUGUGUGUGAGCAGAGGUCCAUCCCGUUGUGCCGCUACCAACUAUAACUCGGGACGAAUACCAGAGCCAAAGCGGGACCCAGAAGCUGAUGGGGCUGUGGUUAGGCAACUAUGCUUUAACACUAUUAGAAAUGACCAGCCAAACACCAUUAAGCCCUUGUUUCAGGGCAGCUAUUAAAGACGGAUUCUCGCUGACGUUACCAGAGCCCAUCUAAUCAGUUUCCACAUUGAUCCACCACCAAUGCCCACUUAGACUCUGGCAGCUUUUGGAGACUGUCAUCCACACAGCCAAGCUGCUUGCUGCCCAAGAGGAGAUUCAAGUUCUUUCUACUCAUGCUGCUGCAAGCCAGGAAAAACCAAUGAACUCUUGCACUAGUGGAGAAGGUUCACGUCAACAGUAUAUGUAUUCAAGAUGCCAGAUCUACCCACCGUGGAUUGUAAACCCCUUCCGUCCUAUUUCAAAUCUAGUUCAAUAGCUCAAUUGCCUCCAGAAGCAAGAGUUUUUCACAUGCCCCUCACUCAUGGAUGAUAAAGAUGGGAUUGUGGUUCAUGAACCUACAAUAGAAUUGUAUUACAUUUUUAUUUUGUUUUCUACCUGUUUAUUUUUGUCUUGGAAUUAUUGGAAAACCAUUUAUUUUACAUAUUUCUGUUCCUGUUGUGAAACGUGUUCUGUUUCCUAUGCUAUUAUGUUUAGCCUAAACAGCACUUAAACCAAAAAACACACACAAAAAAAAGAUUGUUGAUGGUAAUAUAUAAUUAACCAGUUCCUCUUUUGUUUUAAUGAUUCUUUAUUGCAAGAAUUUUAGAUGUGUAAUUGUUUUGAAAGUGAGUUUAGUUGUGUUUUUAUUCAUUAAAAAAAAAGCCUAAUGUAUACCAAUUUAAACAAAUCGUUCAAAUGUCUGUUCUGUGUUUAAACUUUGUUUUUAAAUCAAAUAAGAAAUUGUGUCAAAUUUAGUAGCUCAUAACAUCAAUGAUUAGAUUUUCAUUCUGUUGUCAAAAUAUAACCAGUUUUAUUUGCUGCUCUCUACUGGCUCAAUGAAUACCACAUAGCGAAGAGAAGAUACUUGGUCAUUAAAUGUCCAUUUAAAAAUGAAACUUCUCUAUGGCAGGUAGCAAGAGAUGAUUAUAAAAACCACAAAUUAAAAAGUCAAAUACAUAUUCUAGUGUAUAUAUGUGUGUGUAUGUCUGUGUAAUAGAUAGAUGGAUAGUGUGUGUUCAUGAAAGGAAAUUUGUAAUUGGUCCUUUUAUUUCUUUGCAACAAAGCUUCUUGACAAUUAA